AUGUCUGCACUCCGGGACAGCGCCGAAAGCGCCGUCCCCGUCGGGCUGAGGCCACCUAACCACACGAUCACAAGGGCUCCCAUGUCCGGCGCGGCCAACGAGUCGGCCCACCCGACCGAGCCAGCUGUCGGGCGCGGCCAGUGGCCAAGCCGUCCUUGUCUUGAUUGCCUCGGCUGGCACGUGGUCCACAAGCGACCGCGGCGCGCGGGCCCCGGCGGACAUGCUUCGGUCGGGGUCCGGAACGGACGGUCGCCUGCUCCCCCAACCAAUCGGUACUCCAACAGCCCCAACACUCAUAAGCUGGUCCGAACGCAUCAUGGUUCCUCCGAGACUCUGGUCGGUGGCAUUAAAACAAACGAGGUCGUGGUCGUUGGUGGCCUCGCGAGCCGCGUAAGAAACGAUUUCUCGCAUUCUUUGGGUGCCUCCGACAUCUCGAACAUAUACCACUGA